CGUUAAUUCUAUUGGAUCCGACUUCCGUUAUAAAGUAGCAACAAAAUAUUAGCUGCAGAACGGUUCACAAAAUGAAUUCCUCGAAUGUUGACAACAACGUUGCUGGACGUCUAGCAUUGAUAACCGGAGCUUCUGGAGGAAUUGGUGGAGCAUGCGCGCAAGCACUCUUUCUCCAGCAUGCUCACCUGGCAUUAUCCUACAACUCAAAUCGGGAGAGCGUCGGAAAGUUAGGCGAGAGAUUGCUCGAUGAAUACAAGAAAUCAAAUCCAGGGAGAACAGCCCCAAAGAUCUCAUACCAUCGGGUCGACCUAUCGAAUGUGGAGGAGACGGUUCAGCUUUCUGAAGAUGUCAAAGUUCAACAUUCGAAACCUGUGGAUAUCCUCAUCGCAAAUGCGGGGUUCGGCAAAAGAAUUACCGACAUAGAGGAGAUUCCAUUGGACGUUUUCGAGCACACAUUGAAUGUGAACCUACGUGCUCCUUUCUUGCUUGCGAAAAACGUUGUGGGGCAUAUGAAGCAGCAACGGUGGGGCCGUAUCAUUUUCAUAUCAUCAAUUUCCGGGUACGGCGUAGGGCUGAAUGGAUGUCAUUAUGCUGCCUCAAAAGGCGGUCUCACAUCAAUGAUGAAGAAUCUAUCCACGCGGCUCGCAGAGUUUAACAUCACGGUGAAUGAUGUCUCCCCUGCGAUGAUUGGAGAAACCGGAUUGAUUCCUAGCAGUAAUUCUGUUCCAGGUCUGGUUGACACCAUUCCUUUGGGUCGUCUAGGAAUGCCACAGGAAGUAGCAAAUGUAGUGACGAUGUUUUGCGGAACAGGGUACAUGACAGGCCAAAGUGUUGUGUUGGCCGGUGGAUUGAAUCACAAGUGAUUGGUCAGUGGUGCAGAGAUCAUGUUCAAGGAUAGCAAAAAGCGAAAUCGCAGCAUUGGGCAAGGAAAGCUUCCUCGCUUCAAAGAGCAACUCGCUUGGCGCCUGUACUGAAGUGGUGAUUGACAUUCCGCGCUAACGUCCGGCCCGAGUUGGACCGGCGAGAAUGCCGUCAUGUGGAUGAAGCGGCACGAAAUAAAAGAACCCAUCGCCGCUGUUCAAUUGAUGCAGUGUUAUCUU